AUGGGCCAGUGUUAUGGUAAGACCAUUCCCACUGGCGACAGCGGUAGACCUGCCACCACCACCAUCACCAGCUCCGUCGCUGAUGAUCAUCACCAUGCCGAUUUCAACAACGGCGGUGUCAAGGGUACUCCGUCCCGAACCUCCGCCGUACCAAGUCCUUGCUGGCCUAGUCCCUACCCUCCUCACGCCACUGCCGCUGGUGGAGUAGGCCCCGGUGGUGCUACUCCUCUUCCCCCCGGAGUGUCGCCUUCUCCGGCGAGGUCUACUCCCGGGAGGAAGUUCUUCAAACGGCCCUUCCCUCCCCCAUCUCCGGCUAAGCAUAUCAAGGCUUCUCUCGCUAGGAGGUUUGGGUACCCCAGAACUCCUCGUCACGGCACCAUCCCGGAGGAUGAAAGUAUUACUACCUCAGCUGCCGCCGGAACUGAUGAUCAGCAGCUCCAGGCGGGUCUGGAUAAAAAUUUUGGAUACAAUAAGAACUUCGGGGCAAAGUAUGAGUUGGGGAAAGAGGUUGGAAGAGGGCAUUUUGGGCAUACUUGCUUUGCUAAGGGCAAGAAAGGAGAGCUUAAAGAUCAAUCUCUUGCUGUCAAGAUCAUCUCCAAAGCCAAGAUGACAACAGCAAUAUCUAUUGAAGACGUUCGGAGGGAAGUGAAAAUUUUAAAAGCUCUCUCUGGUCAUAGACACCUGGUGAAAUUUUAUGAUGCCUGUGAGGAUACUAAUAAUGUGUACAUAGUUAUGGAGUUGUGUGAAGGUGGAGAGCUGCUGGACAGAAUAUUGUCCAGGGGUGGUAGAUAUACAGAAGCUGAUGCAAAACUUAUUGUUGUCCAAAUUUUGAGUGUCGUGGCAUUUUGUCACCUCCAAGGUGUUGUCCACCGCGACUUGAAGCCUGAGAAUUUCCUGUUCACCUCCAGAAGUGAAGAUGCUGAUAUGAAACUAAUUGAUUUUGGUCUUUCUGAUUUCAUCAGACCAGAUGAAAGGCUGAAUGAUAUUGUUGGGAGUGCAUAUUAUGUGGCACCCGAAGUUCUUCAUAGAUCUUACAGCUUGGAAGCAGAUAUCUGGAGCAUAGGAGUUAUAACCUAUAUCUUGUUAUGUGGUAGUAGACCCUUCUGGGCUAGGACCGAAUCCGGAAUUUUUCGUGCAGUACUCAGAGCUGAUCCUAACAUUGAAGAUAUUCCUUGGCCUUCCGUCUCACCGGAAGCCAAGGAUUUUGUGAAAAGGCUUUUAAACAAGGACUACAGGAAGAGAAUGACUGCUGCUCAAGCUUUGACGCACCCAUGGUUGCGGAGUGAGAGGCAUCCUAUUCCAUUAGAUAUACUAAUUUAUAAGUUGGUGAAGUCAUACCUACAUGCUACUCCUUUCAAAAGAGCAGCCCUAAAGGCCCUUUCAAAAGCUUUAACCGAGGACGAAAUGGUUUAUCUUAGAGCUCAAUUUAUGCUUUUGGAGCCAAACAAGGAUGGGCGCGUUUCUCUUGAAAACUUCAAAAUGGCACUUCUUCGCAAUGCCACCGAUGCAAUGAAGGAGUCGAGAGUUCCUGAUAUUUUGAAUGCGAUGGCACCACUCUCUUAUAGGUGGAUGGACUUGGACGAGUUUUGUGCCGCAGCAAUCAGCACAUACCAAUUGGAGGCUCUCGAGAUGUGGGAGCAAAUUGCUUCAAAUGCAUUCUUGCAAUUUGAGCAAGAGGGCAACCGAGUAAUUUCAGUGGAAGAGCUCUCCCGGGUAAAGUUUUGUGUUGCUAUUCUCCCCCUGGUGUGGUGUAUGGCUGGACUUAAAGGACAUGGUUUUACUUUGGAGUGCAGGAACUGA